AUGGAAACGAGAAGAAACAAUAUGAAAGACUUGAAGAAGAAGGUGUCAUGCAGGCGGCUCGGAGGGUAUCUUAAACAACAGAAAGGAAGGCUAUACAUUAUCAGAAGAUGUGUGGUCAUGCUCCUUUGCUGGCAUGACUAA